GGUUUUCUAAGGUGUCCUUGUGUAGAGAGAACAAGAACGAUCGACUUUCAUUUUGCAAAUAAUUCAUUACAGAGAGUGACCAUAAAGAAAAAUGACGCUGCCCCGUGUCUCCCUUCGUGUGUCUCACGGCACUGAUUCUCUGCAGCGUCUGCCAUUCGCAGCGUCUGCCCUACAGAUUGGUGGCGCAACUUCAAGCACCUCCUGCUCCUUGCUCCCGGUACAACAGCACCAGCAGAGCCACCAGAUGAAGUGGAACACCACUCAAAAGCGCUAUCACAUUCGCCACCCUGCUCGCGUUGUCAUGGGGCAUAAAAUGGAGAUCAUCAAAGGAAGGCAAAAAACCGGUGGUAUCAGUUGGAAGCCGAAGUACCCGAACCAUCCAGCUGAAAACGAUAGGAACAUGAACAUGCUGACACAGUAUGCGGACAUGAAGAUGCGGUGGAGCUACGGUUUGCGGUGGAACAACGAGAGGUGGAAAAUUGCGAAAAAAUGGCAACCUAUUCUUAUGAGACUCACUGCUCCAUGCAAUUUUUUUUUGUUUGAUUGACGGUCACUCCAUGAAGAAACUCUCUUUGUGUAGGAUCAUUGACGGAGUUUUCUUUUGUGAGGAUCUACAACAUGAGGUGUGCGUAGGCCAUGUGAAGGAUUGACCCUAACCCUCAAUAGCUGAAUAUUUCAUUUGACGAAACAUUUCAACACCAGAGUCAGAGAGAUGCUUUCCUCCUCUAACAUCCGUAACGACCUUCCCUAUCCUGCUCCGACGUGUGCUUUCGUUUGGCACAAUGAGAUGCCGAAUCUGCAGUUCUUUGAAAAAAAUGGUGGUUGCCCAGAGUACCCUGAAAUCGGCUCACCUGCGUUCGACGCCUUCCGCAACCAAGUCAAAUCACAAGAUGUCUUCUGCAUCUUCAAGUCCAACAUCUACAUGCAGCAUAAAGUCACAGUAGGCGACUUGGUCAUGGCGGAGAGGAUGAAAGAUCGGCACGCUGGGGAAAAAGUCGCUUUUGGCACGGUUUUGCUAGCUGGUAGCAGAUCUUGGACUAUUCUGGGGAAGCCAACAGUGCCUUUCGCAAGGGUAAAAUGUACGAUUGAGCAACAGACUCUGUGUGGGGAGAAGCUAGUGUUCAGGUGUGGCCCGAAUCACUCGCAUAGAUUUCGUACUUUUUGGCGCAGACGACAGUACGUAACGAUGCUAAGAGUCGACGAAAUCGAGAUCGAUCCGGAGACUGUGCACUACAACGCCGAACAAGUCCCUAAGCCAGACAGGUUGAUUGACAUCUUUAAGGCUACCGCUGACGCAUCCUCAACGCCAUUCUUGGCCCUUUUUCUACCUGGAAAAGAAGCCAAUGAUGGCAUCAGGGACGCGAACGCAGUCGCUCUAACAUGUGGGCAAAUAGAAGGUUGACUGGAGAGGAAAAGGAGCUCAUUCCCAGAGACAAACACGGUAGGCCAGAUGCGGCAAAGCAUUACGAUGGUAGUGAGCAUCAACCGGGGAGUUACCACGCAAAGGGAUUGACAGAGAGUUAUAGAUACUUUCCAGAUCCAGGGCAUUCGCAUUGGAUGCAGUAGGAGGAUUACGUAGGUAGCUUAGGAUGGCUACUUGGGACGCCAUAAUGGGGAUGGUGGAUUCUCUUGAAAAAUAAUGAAAAUGAACCCUGAAGAAGAAGAUUUUGAUUGUCGUUGGCCACAAGAAUCUACGAAGCACUUUUACACUUUGUUUCUGCUCCUUCAUUGGAGAAACAACAACUACAUCGGUUGACGAAAGUGUGGCCGAUCAGUUCAUC